AUGACGUCUUCUCCCGCCCUCCGCGCCUCCCUCUCCAACGCCUCCGGCCAACCCUUCGCCGCGCCCGCAUCCCCGAGUACCCUCGCCCAGACCACCGACCGCGUGGCAUCACCAGCUCUCACCUUGGGCCCGAGCUACCGUCCUUCAUCCGAGAAGCCCACGGCUACAGUCUCCCGCCCCGUCAACAGCCCCAAUGUACACGUCCUCCCACAAACGCCGCAGCUUAUUGCUCUGUUGACUAUGAUUCGCGACAAGAACACCCCUCGAGCGGACUUUAUCUUCUACAGCAAUCGCAUUAUACGACUCCUGGUGGAGGAAGGUUUGAAUCAUCUCCCCGUCGUGAAUCACACCGUCACCAGCCCCGUCGGCAAGGAUUAUGCAGGAGUCAGCUUUGAGGGCAAGAUCUGCGGCGUCAGCAUCAUGCGCGCCGGCGAAUCCAUGGAGUCCGGCCUGCGGGAAUGCUGUCGCUCCGUCCGCAUCGGUAAGAUCCUCAUUCAGCGCAACGAGGAGACGGGGCAGCCGAAAUUGUUUUAUGAUAAGUUGCCGCCGGAUAUCAAGGACCGCUGGGUGCUGUUGCUGGAUCCGAUGUUGGCGACCGGGGGGAGUGCGGUGAUGGCGGUGGAGGUGUUGAAGAACAGGGGGGUGCCGGAGGAGAGGAUCUUGUUUUUGAAUCUGAUUGCGAGUCCGGAGGGGAUACAGAAGUUCUCGGAAAAAGUGCCGAAGGUCAGGGUGGUGACGGCGUUUGUGGAUCAGGGGCUGGAUGAGCGGUUCUAUAUUGUGCCUGGUCUGGGAGACUUCGGAGACCGAUACUUCACGGUCUAG